GCACCACCCGCGCGACAGGCGCGACGGCGGCGUCGCGAGCCAAGGCGUCGGCGUCGACCAAGCUGAAGGAGAACGGUGAUGCCGCCGCGCAGAAGCGCAAGCGCGAGGCCCUCGCCGAGGUCGGCGGACCCAACAAACCCAAGCCGGCGUCGACCAAGGAAUCUGCAACGAAGGGUAAAGCCGUCUUUGACGGCGUCGUGUUGAAGAAGACCGCGACUACUUCGCAGACGACUGUCGCACCACCGUCCACCGGCACCGCUCGCACCGCUCUCAGGACUCUCAGUGGACAUGCACCCGCUUCUCGUAGGACCACACGAGCCGCUGCUGCGAGCGCGAUCACCGUAGCGACUGAUCAUGCCGUGGUCAAACGGGAGGUCCUGGCCGAAAUCGUCGAGGAGAUGGAAGUCGACAUGCAUCCUUCAACUUCGAAGGCACGACUAUCAUCUUUGCGGGCAACCAAUGAGCGACGAGCGUCGUUACGGGCGGCUGCGGCUGCCAAGGCCGAAGCAGACGAGGAGGAUCUCCGCGCGUACAAGAAGCGGAGGACGUCCUCGGAGGCUGGUGACGAGGAACUCCGGGAAACCGAGGCGCAACUGACGGAGAACGUGGCCGAGGAAGCUGAGGAGGUUGCGGGGGAGGUCGAGGACUGGGAUCAGGGCUGGGACGAUCUCGAUGCCGAAGACGCAGACGAUCCUCAGAUGGUCAGCGAGUACGUCGCCGAGAUCUUCGCGUACCUCAAGGAGGUCGAGCAAAAAACCAUGCCUAGUCCCCAUUACAUGGACUCUCAGAAGGAACUCGCAUGGAAGAUGCGGGGCAUCCUCACGGACUGGCUCAUCCAGGUCCACUUCCGCUUCCGCCUCCUUCCGGAGACUCUCUUCCUCGCGGUCAACAUCAUCGAUCGCUUCCUGUCUGCGCGAGUAGUGUCUCUACAAAAACUUCAGCUCGUCGGCAUCGUCUGCAUGUUCAUCGCGGCGAAGGUCGAGGAGGUCGUUGCCCCCUCUGCAUCGAACUUCCUCUACUGCGCCGACUCUACCUACACCGAGAACGAAAUACUGCAGGCGGAGAAAUAUAUCCUGAAGACCAUCGACUGGGAUCUCAGUUACCCUAAUCCCAUGCAUUUCCUCCGUCGUAUCAGCAAGGCGGACAACUACGAUGUUCAGGCGCGGACCGUUGGCAAGUACCUGCUCGAGAUUUCGUGCUUGGAGUGGCGGUUGUUGCCUGCACCGCCCUCUCUUCUUGCCGCUGCCUCGAUCUGGCUCGCGCGGCUGAUCCUCGGAAGGGAAGAAUGGACACCGAAUCUCGCGCACUACUCGUCGUACCCCGAGGAGGCACUCAUCCCAACAGCAAACAUCAUGCUGAACUACAUACUCAAACCUGUUGUACAUGAAUCAUUCUUCAAGAAGUACGCGUCGCGCAAAUACAUGAAGGCUAGUGACUUCGUCCGGAAAUGGGCAGUCGGCCAAUGGGGUGAGGGUGCCAAGGUCGACCUCUACGCGGAUCUGCCGGCACUUCGCGAGAUGGCUCGUGAAACCCGCGAGGAGCUCGCCAUCGCUGAGGCGCACGCUCGCACUGCCGAGCUCUUAGGAGAGGCCGACGACUGAAAGACGCCGUUUGGACGGACGCUCAGGAGGACCUCGUCGCUCCCCCGACGCCAGCAGACGCUCCUUUACGCAGGUACCCUUAUUUAUCAUCCCUUAACACUAUGCCCCGUCAUGCACCGCAUUGUACGCUACACCUACGCCCGCAGCCGCCGCAUCCACGCAUCUGUUCAUCGACCCCCGCUUCCAUUCACGCAUGUUCAUCGGCCAGUCCUGUGCAAUCAUAAUCAUUACAGACUACCUCACCAUGUUUUCUCGUGGCGCGUCGCUUUCGGAGCUUUCUUGCCAACACCCAAUGGCCACC